GUGUUUUUGCUGUCUUAAACUCGGCCCUUCUGUCUAUUAAAAUCAAACCACUGUGUAAACAUUCCAGUGUUGUUCUUGGUCUCUACAAUGGCCACAGGGAUCAGAUUUCACCUGCCUGCACAUCUUCAAGCAAUUAGAGCAAUUAGCGUGAAGCCAUUUCACAUUCAAGGAUUCAAGGUCUAUGGUGACAUUCAAGUCCAGGAGAAGUCUGAAAGGAAGAGAGAGGAAGGGGCCUGGAGCAUGGCUACUAUUCCAUUGCCCAGAGCAGACAUUUUCUCCUUUAAACAUGGUAGCUCUUUAAUGAUGUUAUUAUGAGAUCUUAAAAUGACAUAUCAAAAGUUGUUUAUAUCAAAAAAACCACCCCAAUGGUCAUUUAAUUACACUAAUGAAGUCCUUUAUAUGCAGCAGAUUUUUUUUAAAGGACUUGUAGUGCCUUGUGAAAUAGAGUAUUGCUGCCCCUGGCAUCAUGGUGGCAGUGGCAGCAUUCUUUGUAGAGGAAGCAUGUUUUAUAAUGUACAAGGGAAUUUGCAUUUUGCUCUUAUGGUAAACUUUCCUGUUUGGGGUAAAUGUAACAAUUACAGCAAUGGAAUAUUGAAGUUGGGAGAUUUGGGGAGUAAGUGUUGAAAGCAACUAUAUUGCUUUUUUUAGAGAAUUGUGGUAAUUUAACAGAUUGAACGGGUACAGUUUAAACAAAAUCAUCAACUGUAGCACAUCACAUUGCUGUAUAGGCGGGACAGAAGGUGACUUUUAAAAAACAUGGCUUAGAAUCUAGUGGGGUGUUUGUUUUUUGUUUGUUUGGUUAUUUUUUUAACAUUUGUAAUUUGGUUACCCAGGAAUUUUGUUUGCAAAAGACAAACCCUAAACUGAUAACAGCUUUUAAAAUGGAGAUGCACAUUUUAAAAUCCAUAUUUCUCUGUUGUUUUAGCAUGAAAAAGAAAGAAAAGAAGGGAGCACUAAUUUUAAAAAUCUCAGCACACUACAAAACAGCUCUUCCUUUGCAGUCCCAGAAGGUGUUCACAAUCAAGAAUAAUCGCAGGCUAAAUUAUAAUGUGGAAUUCCUGUGUCCUUUAACCUGAUGCUGCCUGUGUAUAUUUUGUGUUUAACAAACAGCUCUAAGUGUAAAAUUAUUCCAAGAAUUACUUUUGUUUCAUUGUACAUUUUGAUUUUAGUUAAAAUAAGAGGCUUUAUUUAAAAUUAAAUUGUAUGAUUCUCUGAAAGCUCUUGCCAUAAUUCCUUUAAGGAACUGCCCUAGUUGGCUUAAAAGCUGGUAGGUGUAGAGGCUUGACAUAUCUGUAGUAUGAACAAAUCUGUCUGUGAUGGCGGCGGGAGCAUUUGUGUUCAUUCAUUGAAUCUGUGGGCUGCUUAGUGCUCUCUAUCCCUGUCUUGAAGGCCUCAGAGCUCUGCUGUUGAGAGGUGCUCUUCCUGGCCACCCAGUUCCUCGCCUGUGUGCCCAGACUGUGUGCCUUCUAACAGUGCGUUACACAGUAGAGGCAGAGCAUGCCAGUAAAGGCAGCAUGUGGGAUGUGAGCCAGCAUCCGCUACCUUUCCCUCUGCCCCUUGAAAAGGACUGUAGGAAAUCAUUUGCUCAUCUUUAACUGGAUCACCUGAGUUAGAGAGAGGACUAUUUGCAUUGGAUACUCCACCCCUGCAGGAAGUGGAGUGGCAGGCCUGGAGGCUCAGGGAGGCUGGGAAGGGAGGUGAGGCAGCAAACCAGAUCCUUCCCGUUUUUUUCCCCUAGCCUUGUCCUCUGUGUCUAUGAUCUGCCUUUUGAACUGUUUUUGUGGCUGAUCAGUUCCACCUAAUAUGUCUCUUGAUUUCUGCUAUUGUAAUACUCAGGCGACAUGCUGUUCUCUUCAUUUUUAUAAGCUUUAGAUGCUUCUGCCUGUCAUAUUCUGGCGGUUUAUCUUCAGCGUCUGGAUUUGCUUUCAGACUUGAAUGUCUAUCACGCUGCCGUUGCUUUGAAUGUGAGAUCAAAAGAAGAUGAAUUCCAGUAAAAAAUUUCCUUCUAUGAAGAAAAGAUUGGGGCCUAUGUAAACAGCCCACUGACAGCUCCCAAUGACUUAUUUUAGCCAAGUAUUAGCACCUGCAUGACAGACGGUCCAGCAUUCCACGCUCAAUAACAAAUCAGUUGCUUCCCUGGCAGAAGAACAGUACCCUGCCACAGCAGCAGUGCGUUUUCAGGGGUAAUAGUUUUAUACCUCCUUUUUUUAAAAUUGGUUUGGGGUGGGUUAAAUAGUGUUCAAGUAGACAAGCUAGGCACCUUGAGAUAAACUGGUAGUUUAGCUGAUUGCAGGGAAGGAAAAUGUAAGAAAAAGCAACAAAAGCAAGAUCAAGGGCACAUCCCUGGAAUGCGGGAUGAUGUGUUCUUUAAAAAUACAUGUGACAAAAUCCUCUCAAGUCUGCAAAAUCUGAGUUUUCUUUCUCUUUCUUUCUUUCUUUCUUUUUUUUAAAGCAUCCUGCCUAUGUAAAUGUCACUACAAAAAUAUCUCAAGAGCAGGUUUCCCAAAACCCUGUUGGCGUGUGUUUGUCUGCAUGCAGGGGCUCUCUGGCUAGGACUUGGUCUAGCCAGGGCAUACUUUGCUGUGUGGCUGCUUGCAGACCUGGAGUGAUUUAGAUACGUGUCGCAUUAAUAGAUUCCUUUAACUGCUAAAUGCAACUUUGAAAAUUACCUGCAAGCUCCAACUGAUCUCUUUCAACUUUGAAAGUGAAGAAUUACUUGAGGAAUUCUUGUGGUUUCUUUGUCAUUUAGUGAGCAUCCAGCCAGCUACUGUGGAGGCAAACCUCUGUGAGCUUGUCUACAAAGGGCAAUGUUCCAGUGUGUUUUCUCCUCGAGUGUGCUUCAGCCGCUCAGCACUUCCUGUUUAUUCAAACAUCUUUUUUACCACUCGGCAACCCCCGCUUCACAGAAACAGCCAGAACCCAUCUACAGCAAGAAGACGGAAAUCCAAAGGCAGACAGUACAAGCUCACUCCAUCAAACUCUUCGUUUUCUCUGCACUGCAAGUGGCAAGGCAGCUCCUUCUUCAGCAGCAACAGCAGCAGCAACAGCAGCAGCAGCAGCAGCAGCAAGUUAGUGGAUUAAAAUCCCCUAAGAGGAAUGACAAACAGCCAGCUCUUCAGGUUCCCGUGUCAGUGGCUAUGAUGACACCUCAAGUUAUCACUCCCCAGCAAAUGCAGCAGAUCCUCCAGCAACAAGUGCUGAGCCCUCAGCAGCUUCAGGUUCUCCUCCAGCAGCAGCAGGCCCUCAUGCUUCAACAGCAGCAGCUUCAAGAGUUUUAUAAAAAACAACAAGAACAGUUGCAGCUUCAACUUUUACAACAACAACAUGCUGGAAAACAGCCUAAAGAGCAACAGCAAGUGGCUACCCAGCAGUUGGCUUUUCAGCAGCAACUCUUGCAAAUGCAGCAGCUACAGCAACAGCACCUCCUGUCUUUGCAGCGCCAAGGCCUCCUAACCAUUCAGCCCGGGCAGCCUGCCCUUCCCAUUCAACCUCUUCCACAAGGCAUGAUUCCAACAGAACUGCAGCAGCUCUGGAAAGAAGUGACAAGUGCUCAUACUGCAGAAGAAACCGCAGGAAACAAUCACAGCAGUUUGGAUCUGACCACGACAUGUGUGUCUUCCUCUGCACCUUCCAAGACCUCCUUGAUAAUGAACCCGCAUGCCUCUACCAAUGGACAGCUGUCGGUCCACACUCCCAAGAGGGAAAGUAUGUCCCACGAGGAUCACCCCCAUAGCCAUCCUCUCUAUGGACACGGCGUAUGCAAGUGGCCAGGCUGUGAAGCAGUGUGUGAAGAUUUCCCAUCAUUUCUAAAACAUCUCAACAGUGAGCAUGCGCUGGACGAUAGAAGUACAGCCCAAUGUAGAGUACAAAUGCAGGUUGUACAGCAGUUAGAGCUCCAGCUUGCAAAAGACAAAGAACGGCUGCAAGCCAUGAUGACCCAUCUGCAUGUGAAGUCCACAGAACCCAAAGCUGCCCCUCAGCCCCUCAAUCUGGUAUCAAGUGUCACACUCUCCAAGUCCGCAUCAGAGGCUUCUCCACAGAGCUUACCUCAUACUCCAACAACCCCAACUGCCCCCCUGACUCCCGUCACCCAAGGCCCCUCUGUCAUCACCACCACCAGCAUGCACACGGUGGGACCCAUCCGCAGGCGGUACUCAGACAAAUACAACGUGCCCAUUUCUUCAGCAGAUAUUGCGCAGAACCAAGAAUUUUAUAAGAAUGCAGAAGUUAGACCACCAUUUACAUAUGCAUCUUUAAUUAGACAGGCCAUUCUUGAAUCUCCAGAAAAGCAGCUAACACUAAAUGAAAUCUAUAACUGGUUCACACGAAUGUUUGCUUACUUCCGACGCAAUGCAGCCACGUGGAAGAAUGCAGUGCGUCAUAAUCUUAGUCUUCACAAGUGUUUUGUGCGAGUAGAAAACGUUAAAGGGGCAGUAUGGACAGUGGAUGAAGUAGAAUUCCAAAAACGAAGGCCACAAAAGAUCAGUGGUAACCCUUCCCUUAUUAAAAACAUGCAGAGCAGCCACGCCUACUGCACACCUCUCAAUGCAGCUUUACAGGCUUCAAUGGCUGAGAACAGUAUACCUCUAUACACUACCGCUUCCAUGGGAAAUCCCACUCUGGGCAACUUAGCCAGCGCCAUACGAGAGGAGCUGAAUGGGGCCAUGGAGCACACGAACAGCAAUGAGAGUGACAGCAGUCCAGGCAGAUCCCCUAUGCAAGCUGUGCAUCCUGUGCACGUCAAAGAAGAGCCUCUCGAUCCAGAGGAAGCUGAAGGGCCUCUAUCCUUAGUGACAACAGCCAACCACAGUCCAGAUUUUGACCAUGACAGAGAUUAUGAAGAUGAAGCAGUAAAUGAGGACAUAGAGUGAACAUCUGGACUGGUCGGCCCCAAGGAAGAAGAUUGGGGAAAAAAAGCAAAACAAAACACGUCAAAAAGUCAGCAGUGAAAUUGUUCUCCAUUUGUUGUACAGUCUGGAGGAUUUUCACUACAUUUUGACAACUCUGAAAUGUGUUAACUCUUAGUGCCAUCAAGAAUCCCAUUUGGGAGUAUUUUUGAUUUUUCUACUUUUUGUUGAAAAAAGGAAUUUGUACUCUGUGCAUUGGAUGGACUUGUUUGGUACUUGGGAUUUUCCUCUCUUAACAGUCAACAUCAGUGUUGUAAAUUUGCUAAACUGAUUUACUUUUAGCAGCAGACUUUGAACUGUAGUCCUGCCAACGCUGGACUCUGAGGACACCCGACUGAGCUUGUGCACCUAAGCUGCAGACCAAGCCUUUGCCCAGAAUUUAAGGAUUCCAAUGGACGACCUAUUUGCACAGUACUGCAUGUUGAUUAUCACUGCCUUUACUCUUUUUUUGUUUUGUUUUUGUUUUUUGCUUCCAGUUGGGAUGGGGAAGGCCUUUGUGUGUGUGUUGGGGGGAGGGGUGAAAAAAAUAAUUAUCCCAAACUUUUUAAUGUAUUGCUUUUUUUUUUUUUUUUUUUUUUUUUGGCUUCUACUAUACCAUUUUAAGUUCUGACCUCAGGCCUCCACUUGGGCCCAUGGCCUCUUGGAGGCUUAAAGUUUUCUGUACCUUGUGAUGAAUGUUAAUAGGUGUUUUUAUUAUACAAAGCUGAAUGUCAUUUCUUGUUCGUAGUUUUCUGUCACUCAUUCCAUUCUCCUACAAGACAUCACCACCUUUCUCGAAAGUUGGAAAACAUUCCGUUUUGGUCUUUUUCUAAAAGGUCCCAUAUGGUGCACUCUCUCUACACAUGAAACUCCUCUCACACAAGCGUGACGUCCUGCCAGAAAGAGAAUGAAUGACAGAAAAAAAAAAUAGAGACACACACUAGGAACAAUGCAGACUCAUUCCGCAAAGCAGUAUUGAGGGUGGCAAGGGAAUUUUCAGAUUUUCUGUUUUUUUUUUUUUUUUUUUUUUUUUUUAUAGUAAUCAUCAUUAGAAAGAAAUGCCACAGCAUUCUACCAGCACAAGGAAACAUAGGCAGUAUCAGAGUGAAAGAAUCUAGAGCCCCUAAUAUUCGAACUGCUGUUAGUCCUGCAGAAUGCUCUCCCUCCUGUACAUCAGUAGAGAGGGCUGCAGAUUCUGUGUGACAACACAGUGGGGGUAACUGGUGAGGGUUGCUUUGUUUGCAGGACGACCAAAAGCCAGCUUCCCAAAGCAACUCUGCGGAACCUGGUGAUGGCACUGAGUUUAUACAUCAGUUCAGAUGUGCUUGGUGGCAUUAGUCUGUUUGAAUGCAAAUUAAACUUCAGAUUGAACUUGUUAUGGGAGUUAAUGAGGACUGAGUUCAGCAAUGCUAAAAGUGUUCGUUUCAAAUGUGCAAAUUCAUUACUGCAGUUCACUUCAUUAUGCAAUAUUUUCACAUCACCCCGAUAUCAAAAAGUAACAGAGGAUAUCAGUAGAGGAUCCUGUCAGCCCUGGGCUUCUGCGGAACCGCACAGGGCCUGCAGAACCUGAUGGUUCUGGGUCAGUACAACCUCAGUCCUUCCCACCCGUCCACACUUCCACUUGGCGCCCACUACCCCUGACAUUUAUUUAUCUAGGACUGUAGCUUUUAUUUUUAGUUUGAGAGCCUUUUGGAGCUUAAUUUAUAUUCUUUGUACCUUUUAUUUCUAAAAUUACCAAAGAUAUUACACAAAAGUAAAUUAUGUUCUCUGUUUUAUGCUUUAUCUGAUGAAGCCAAAUAUCCUCUUAUUGUUGAUCAAAGGAGGCGAAAGAAUUUAGAGGCAAAUGAUGAGCUAUAGGCUAUUGCUAACCUGAGAAAGAGAACUGCUCCUUCACCCCAGAGUAAACCCAGAAGACCAAGGAGGUAAUGGAACCAAAGCUGUUACUUUUUUCUAGUAGUUGUUUCUUCUUUCUGUACCUCUUCAGAGACCAAAACUCAGUCUUAUAAAGAAAGACAAAUUGUGGGGCUACUGAACAUGAAAACAGGACACAGUAUUAUAGUUAUACAGAAGGAAUGGAGUCCCAUGUCAGAGAGAAAGAAAUGAAUGUAUGCCACUGGAAAUGAGGUGUAUAAUAGAGGAGAGAGUAAACACGAAAUUCAGAAAGAACAGAAAAGCUUUUGUGAUUGAACUAGACCACAUACUAGUAUUUCUAGAAUUAAAAGAAAAAAACCUUUAGAACAAUUGUAUGCCACUUUUGUUUAAGGACUGUGCUAUGAGCACUGCAUUAAUUUUGGCUUAUCUUGGCACAUAUCCUCCAGUUUGGUGGGGGAUUUCUUUUCCUGUCAUUUUUUGUUUUUUUGUUUUGCCUUCAUUUUGGACUUUGGUCAGCAUUUUUAGUUAAAAAAAGAAAAAGAAAAAGUAACACUCCCGUUCACUCAUAAGCUUGGUACAAAAAUGCCUUUUGCAGUUGCUUUUGAAGCUUCACUCUGCUUUCUGUAUCCAGGGCAGUCUGUGGUCACUCGCAGCUUCAUGAUGUGCAGGCAGUAGCCAGACAGGGUCAUGGGAAGGGGGCCCUGUGCUUCUAAACUGAGUGGUUGCUGGUUAGUUUGGUAUUCAAAAGAGGAUAAAAAUCUGGUAGAUUAGUUCAUUCUCAGCAUGUGUAGCUAGACAUGAGUAAAGAUAACAGCAUGAGAAACUGUUAGUACGCAUACCUCAGUUCAACCUUUAGGGAAUGAUUAAAAUUUUAAAAAAUACAUUUCACUCAGUUGCACUUAGUCGUAUGUCUUGCAUGCUUAGUCUAAAGACUGUAGCAAAAAAAAAGAAAAAAAAAAAGAAAAAAAGAAAAUUAGAAUUUACACAUCUUUGCAGGCAUCACAGUCCUGUAGAAGAACCAACUGAAAAAAAAUUUUUUCUCAGGCUUUACAGCAAGAAAACUUCACUAUGAUUUUUACAAUUCUGAUUCUGUAUCCCUUGGGGGUAUUCCAGUCGCUUCUUUAGGAUGGGGUUUAUUAUGUUGUACAUAUAUCCCAAUGUGUCUGUGUGAAUCUUUGUCUUUUUUGGGGGAGGGUAGAGGGCGGUUCUUUUUUUAGAUAUUGUUCCUAAAAAGGAAUAAAUGCAUACACCUGUUUGUCAAAACAUCUUUGCUUUUUGUGCAACUGCUUUAUAUUAACAAUACUAAAAAAAUAUCUUUGGAAAAAAACUACUGUAUGUAAUGGAAUUGCAGAAUAUGCUGCACAUGUAUUUUAUUUAGUUAUCCUUGCUUUAAGAAUAUUGGAUGACAUUUCCUGACAUGUGGAGGGAGAAAUUCCCUAACUUUUUUUUUUCUUUUAAAUUGUAACAUAGUUGACAGAUUUUUUUUUUUUCCUGUUCUCAUUGAUUGGAGCAUUUUGUACAGGAUUGUGCGUGUAUGUGUGUGAGCGUGAGUGUGUAUGUGUUCUAAUCUGAUUUUCUUUUUUUUUUUCUUUUUUUUUUAAUACAUUCAUAUCCCUUGUGUUUAUCCUACCACUGCCUUCCUGGCUAUCUAAACAAGUUCAUACAUCUGAAAAAGAGAAAAAAAUAUGUUAUUUCAAAAAUGUUUUCCUCUACUGCAGUAAAUAUUUUGCAUGAUGAAAUUCCAGGAUCACACUUUCAAAGUUUAUCAGUGAAAUAGUGGUUAAUAAUGAGGAGUGUUAAAAAUACUGAACUUUUGUAUGAAAAAAAUACAAGGUGCCAAGAUAUAAAGUUAAUGUUACUUUUUUUCCUCAGAGAAAAGCGUACAUUAAGGAGAAAGUCCCCUGUAUGAGACAAAUGUACUGUCGGGAAUGAGGAUCCAUCCUGCUUGUCCUUAGAACCUGUCCGUAGAAGACGAAUUAGGCUGCCACAUUAGCAAUGAAGUGAACUAUCAAGGCUUAUUUACUUGAAGAGUGACCGCCAGUCCUGCCCCCGUCAGACAGCUCUAACACAUUCCUAGCAUCCUGUAUCCUAUCAGACCUGAUAAAACCUUGGAUUCUAAUCUAAAAUACAAUGUAAAUCACUAGUUUCUUAAAUACCAAAAAAUUUGAAAUUACAAAAUAUUUCAUUUCCUUUCCUUUCCACAGUCCAGCCAAGCUGUGUUUCCAAAAGUGCAAAACUGACUCCACUUAACAGGAUUUUGAGUCUUAUGGGUACCUCUGGUUAAUGGCAAAUUUUUCUGAUAUUUUGGAUGUUUUGCAACCCAUUUUUGCACUUGUGUUCUGAGAAUGAGAUUUACAAUCCAAAAGGCAUUUUGUGGGCCCAGCAUCGCCCCUGCAAUCUCUGUUCCCUCUAAGCCUUGAUGGGGAUGGCAAAGUCUGGACCGUCAGCGUGGUGCUUCAUGUAUAUGUGCUGCCAGUAACAAGAAUUGUUUGGUUUUGGUUUUGGUUUUGGUUUUGGUUUGUUUUGUUUUGAUAAGGCAUAAAAGAAACUCAUUCCUUGACAUCAACUGUAAUUCCAUCAUUCCAAGUCUGUGAAUACAGACAAUAAAAAAAAAAUGUGGUGUAGUCAGUACUAAUUACUGACAUGAUAGCAUUCUCAAAUGCAAUAAAAAUGCUGGUUGUUCACACUGGUA